AGAAGUGGAGCGGGACUUGGCAGCUCAGUGCGCGAAAACAUUUCAAAUGCGCUCAUAGUAGUGAGGGGCUAAGAAGUUUUCGCCUCGAAGAAAUCAAGUCUGUUUUGUGAGUUCCCCGCGCGUUUCCAAAGGAAACUCUAUGAGGAUAUAGGAGAUAACAUUUUCUACAAAAAUGGCGCGGGGGACUUUUAUUUGUGGACUGUUAUUCCUGUUUGGAUUAUGCGGGACCACGGCGAUUUCCCUGAGCCUGCCACAUACACUGCUCCUUCUGUCAGCUCAACAGAUUAUUGUUGUGAGCCAAGUUGAUCCAGAUGAUGCCUCCCGAGACUUUGGUGACUACUCCUACAGCUAUGAAGACAGGAACAACUUGCUUGACUCCACAGACAUCGUCAGUCCAGGCCAGGGGCACGUCCAGCUGGACAUAGAGAUGCGCAAUGUGACCAAGUACAAGGGCCAGUCUGUACGCCUCAGAUGUGAGAUCACAGGCUACCCAAUACCCAAGUAUGCUUGGUUCAAGAACAAUGCACCAAUCAAUGAUGAUGAUGAAAAAGGCCGCUUCAAUGUGCGCAGGACAGCUUGGGGAAGCAGACUGCGCAUUUCAAACCUGGACACAAUUGAUACUGGCUUCUACACAUGCAGAGCAUCAAACAGCUUUGGACAAGAAGAGACAACUGGUGUCCUUGCUGUCCGCAAUGAGCCUGCACCAGACCCACCGAGUUCAGGGGGGAAGAACCCUGUCAAGCCAGGUGAUGUGGAUUUCAAGGCAGAACUCCCAGGAGAUGGAGAUGAAUUCAACGGCAAAUACAACUCUGAGUUCCUGCCAGGAAAGGAGGAGAAGGAGGAGGAUCAGGGCUCAGGCUUCUGCCAGAUCUACAGAGGGAGCACCUGCUCCAAGUUUGUGGGAAACAUGAGCAUUUAUGUCACAUCCAAACUGACACAGAGUCGCAAGGAAGAGAAACUCAUAGCUGGCUUUGCUGUGAUUGGGUCAUCUAGCCACCUGUCCUCCAAAUGCCAAGAGUACGCCAUCCGCUCCCUGUGUUUCCACUCCCUCCCUCUGUGCGACACAAACACCAACAACCCACGGCCACGGCAGAUCUGCAAGGACGAAUGUGAAAUCCUGGAGGAGUCAAUCUGCAAGACUGAGUAUAUCCUAGCCAAACAACACCAACUUAUAGGCAACUCACUACUGCCAGACUGCAAGAAGUUGGCAGGCCCUGGCACACCGGAGGGAGAUAACUGUAUUCGCGUCGGCAUCAGCAUCACAGAGGGCUACAAUAAGAAGCACAAUUGUUACAAUGGCACUGGGACAACAUAUGAGGGAAAUGUGAGCAAAACAAAGAGUGGCUUCACUUGCCAGAAGUGGAACUCGGACACACCCCAUCAACACUUCUUCAAAUCCUCCCGAUACCCGAUUGUUGGUUCUCAUAAUUAUUGUCGCAACCCUGGCAACCAAGAGGAAGGCCCUUGGUGCUUCACAACAAAUGGCCAUGUUCAGAAGGAAGUGUGUGCCAUCCCUAAGUGUGUUGGUGGCACUAGUGGAUCAGCAGGGGGAGAAGAGCAGGGCAACAAACUCAUGUUCAUCUUGGUUCCUGGUAUCACAGUCCCACUAGCUCUUGCCUUGCUCCUCGCCCUUGUCUGCUUCUGCCAGCAAUCAAGGAGCAGACAAAAUGGCAAGGGCAAGGCUGCAAGUCGACCAAAUGUUCCCAUGGAGAUGAGUCCCCUCAACCCCAAACCAAGCUCGCGUGCUAGAGAGUUCCCAAUGGGCAACAUACGCUUUCUACAAGAAUUGGGCGAAGGUGCUUUUGGCAAAGUUUAUAAAGGAGAGCUAUUGGGAUUGUAUGGAGACAACACUGUCAGCAAGGUUGCCAUCAAAACCUUGAAAGAUACUGCCACACCAAAAACUCAAAAUGACUUUCGGCGCGAAGUUGACCUGAUGUCAGAAAUGAGACACCCAAAUAUUGUGUGUCUGCUAGGUGUAUGUAUGAAACAGGAGCCAAUGUGCAUGUUGUUUGAGUAUAUGACACAUGGAGACCUACAUGAGUAUCUCCUGAUGCAUUCACCCCACUCAGACAUAUCUGGAAAGGAUGAUGAGGGGGCAGCUAAGUUGCUGGAGUAUCCUGACAUGCUGUUCAUGUCACUGCAGAUAGCUGCGGGCAUGGAGUAUCUGGCCAGCCACCACUUCGUCCACCGAGACCUAGCAGCCAGAAACAUCCUGGUGGGAGAAAACCUCACAGUCAAAAUCUCAGAUUUUGGGUUAUCACGAGAUGUUUACUCCUCUGAUUACUACCGUGUCCAGAGUAAAUCUCUAUUGCCUGUUCGCUGGAUGCCACCAGAGUCUAUCAUGUAUGGUAAAUUCACAACUGAUAGUGAUGUUUGGGCAUUUGGGGUUGUCUUGUGGGAAGUCUUCAGCUAUGGCCUUCAACCAUACUUCGGGUACUCUAACCAAGAGGUGAUUGAGAUGAUCCGUUCAAGACAGAUUCUAGGAUGUCCUGAAGAUUGUCCAGCACGCAUAUAUGGCUUGAUGGUGGAAUGUUGGCAUGAAACUCCAGCAAGAAGACCAUCUUUCAGAGAAAUACAUGCACGUCUGAGAGCCUGGAAGGGGGAAAUAAUGACUGGCCAGAAUCCGCACUGGAGCCUGUCUCAGAGUCACUCGGCACACUCAAGCAGUACUCACCAGAGUUCCCACAGCCAGCCCAGCCACCAUAGCAGCACUGGACCGAGCAACACCACCGCUGUUACUGGGUUGACUGGCAGCAGCAACACUUCAGACCCCAUGUACCACCCGAUUGCUCAACCACCCCAAAUGGUCAUGCACCACCCUAACCUGCCAAGCCACAUGCAGCCUCUGUUGCCACCUCACAACGCCAGGAAUGGUCCACCGCCCUACAAUAAGUUGGAGAAUUCUCAAAACAAAAUCUCACCACCAGGUUCAGUAGCCAGUUCAAAUUCUACAAAAAGUGCCACAUCACAAGGUUCCUCAACUGGGAACCUUAAGCCUGGAAAUCAUAAUGCCAUGCCAUUGUACAUAGGGAACAAUGUAAAAAAUGGCACACCAUCUGUGACGGAGUGCAACCGUUUUAAUAGUCUAAUGUCACACAAUGGAUACAUUCCUGAUCAGAGGACUUCAGAAAUAUAAGGUGAACCAAUGUGCACAGAGAUGUGUGCUGACUGACCGACACAGCUCCCAGAGUCAGUCAUUGUUUGAUUGUGAUGAUACAAUGAUGCUGAUACAUGAUUGUACAAAUUAUUUCGUCAUUGGAAUACAACCAGAUUGGGAAUGGUUCUGUUGUUUCUGGCACAACUGAUACCAGUUGAUGUGUUAAGACACUGGUGUGCUAUGCCAAACGUGACCAGUUCUCAGUAAACGAUGCAAUAACAUAGUGUUAUAAAGUGCCACUGGCCCCAACCAGAUGUCUUCAACUUGCUGAACAUUGACUCGGUGCUAUCAGAUUUGUUGACUUUUGUAUGAUGCAGUUUAAGUAGAAGACAUGCCUCCCACCCCUGCCCUAUGCCUUAGAGUCAUGGGUACGGCUGGCUGUCACUAGCUUGGUAGCAAUACCAAAGAUAAACUUUGGGCCAAUAUUUGUUGCAUUAUACAUAGAAGCUUCAGUGUUUGUUUUGUUUGUUUGGCCAUGGAAUUCAGUUAAAACUCACACUAAUUUCAGUUCAUGGGAAGUAUGAUGAUGGUUUAACAUGCCAAAAACAAAACAUUUUUAUAUAAAAAUAAUGACAUUUUGAGAAUUUGAGAUGAUUUCCACAUCACCCUUGAACAAGUGUUGGAGCAGUUUUAAUUGAUGCUAUUCACAGUUCCUGUGAUAUAUAGAUCAGUAUUGUUGUUAAUUUUGCAGUUACUUUGUUUUGUCCUGACUAGCUGUUGUCUAUUUAUUUUAUUCAAGUCUAACUUGUGAGUAACAGCAUAAUACUAUACUCUUUGUAGAUCAGCCUAAAGACCAAAGAUUGUAGCCUUAAGGCAAUCUUAGAUUGCAAACAAUCUUUACAUCAGUUUUUGCUAGAUGGAGUUUUUGUAGCAAAUUAAUCUUUACUUAAGCAUGUGUGAGCGUGGUGAAUCAUGAGAGACAGUUUGGAUGGCAGAUGAAAGAAUGUGUUGAAAUUGCAACAACUGUAAGUUGUAUUGUUAUUCUUAGUGGUCACCAAAAUUAUUGCAUAAAGACAAUCAAAAGACGUUUUGGGGGUGCCUGGGAGGUGUAAGUGCCUUUUGAGGACAGUGGUGAUAGCUGAAAGAAAUUUACCUGGAUCAGAAUGACUAAGAGCCCUUUCUGUCUAUGAAGACAGUCCCUCCUGCCUGUGUUGAUGCAGUGUCAGUACUUGAAGACAGUCCCUCCUGCCUGUGUUGAUGCAGUGUCAGUACUGGAAGACAGUCCCUCCUGCCUGUGUUGAUGCAGUGUCAGUACUGGAAGACAGUCCCUCCUGCCUGUGUUGAUGCAGUGUCAGUACUGGAAGACAGUCCCUCCCGCCUGUGUUGAUGCAGUGUCAGUACUGGAAGACAGUCCCUCCUGCCUGUGUUGAUGCAGUGUCAGUACUGGAAGACAGUCCCUCCUGCCUGUGUUGAUGCAGUGUCAGUACUGGAAGACAGUCCCUCCUGCCUAUGUUGAUGCAGUGUCAGUACUGGAAGACAGUCCCUCCCGCCUGUGUUGAUGCAGUGUCAGUACUGGAAGACAGUCCCUCCCACCUGUGUUGAUGCAGUGUCAGUACUGGAAGACAGUCCCUCCUGCCUGUGUUGAUGCAGUGUCAGUACUGGAAGACAGUCCCUCCCGCCUGUGUUGAUGCAGUGUCAGUACUGGAAGACAGUCCCUCCUGCCUGUGUUGAUGCAGUGUCAGUACUGGAAGACAGUCCCUCCUGCCUAUGUUGAUGCAGUGUCAGUACUGGAAGACAGUCCCUCCUGCCUGUGUUGAUGCAGUGUCAGUACUGGAAGACAGUCCCUCCCGCCUGUGUUGAUGCAGUGUCAGUACUGGAAGACAGUCCCUCCUGCCUGUGUUGAUGCAGUGUCAGUACUGGAAGACAGUCCCUCCUGCCUGUGUUGAUGCAGUGUCAGUACUGGAAGACCAUCCCUCCCGCCUGUGUUGAUGCAGUGUCAGUACUGGAAGACAGUCCCUCCCGCCUGUGUUGAUGCAGUGUCAGUACUGGAAGACCAUCCCUCCCGCCUGUGUUGAUGCAGUGUCAGUACUGGAAGACAGUCCCUCCAACCUGUGUUGAUGCAGUGUCAGUACUGGAAGAUAGUCCCUCCCGCCUGUGUUGAUGCAGUGUCAGUACUGGAAGACAGUCCCUCCCGCCUGUGUUGAUGCAGUGCCAGUACUGGAAGACAGUCCCUCCCGCCUGUGUUGAUGCAGUGCCAGUACUGGAAGACCAUCCCUCCCGCCUGAGUUGAUGCAGUGUCAGUACUGGAAGACAGUCCCUCCCGCCUGUGUUGAUGCAGUGUCAGUACUGGAAGACAGUCCCUCCCACCUGUGUUGAUGCAGUGUCAGUACUGGAAGACCAUCCCUCCCGCCUGUGUUGAUGCAGUGCCAGUACUGGAAGACCAUCCCUUCCGCCUGUGUUGAUGCAGUGUCAGUACUGGAAGACAGUCCCUCCCGCCUGUGUUGAUGCAGUGUCAGUACUGGAAGACAGUCGCUCCUGCCUGUGUUGAUGCAGUGUCAGUACUGGAAGACCAUCCCUCCCGCCUGUGUUGAUGCAGUGUCAGUACUGGAAGACAGUCCCUCCAACCUGUGUUGAUGCAGUGUCAGUACUGGAAGACAGUCCCUCCUGCCUGUGUUGAUGCAGUGUCAGUACUGGAAGACAGUCCCUCCUGCCUGUGUUGAUGCAGUGCCAGUACUUGAAGACAGUCCCCCCUGCCUGUGUUGAUGCAGUGUCAGUACUGGAAGACAGUCCCUCCUGCCUAUGUUGAUGCACUAGUCCACUUAAGGCAAAGGUGACUUUAAGUAGUUUUUUAUGAGUUCAUACACUUACAUCUGUAUGUCUGUGCAGUAUGGAGUGCCUGUCUGCAUGUGAGUGUGUGUAUGAGUGUUUUGUACAGUUACAUAGUGCCAUUUCAAUACCCAGUCAGCUAGAUCAUCUAGCCGGAAUGUCAGUUUAUCUACUGGAGCACCACAUUAUCAGAGGCUGAGCUUUGGGAUUAUCAUGUUGAUGUCCAAUGAAAUAAUGACAACUUUGUUGUUAAAAUGAAGAUUCAUUCUUGUCCUUUUCAGUGGACAUCAUGCAUUUGAUGCAUACCGGAAGUUGACUGCCUAUAUGACCUAGAGUUUAGUUGUUCAUGUUGUGUACAAAGACUCUCAAGUUACAGGAAAUCUUGAUGGCAAAUUUGAAUUGAAUGCAAUCAAACACUUUUUAUCUUGUUUAAAUGUACAAUAUUUACCCCCAGUUUGUUGGUACUCAGAGCUAUGCAUAUUCUUACUGUGAUUUCUACACUACUCAUCUGUCCUACUGAUGUUUGCCUUAUGAGUGUAUCUAUCUGGCUUCUCUGGUGUACAUGUUGGAGCUCACUGGCACCCAGUGUCCGUGGGCUUCGUAAGCUGUUGUCAUGUGCCCCUGGCCAUAUGCUGACCGGUACCUGAUGCCCAGGGGCGUCAGUUUGUACUUAGCUUGUAUAUAUGCCUAUGUAGGACAACAGUUGACAACAUGUACAUACUAUAUAUUGUUGUGCAACACCUAGAAUGCAAAGUUGUUCAAAUUAUUCAGCUUCUCUCAAACACUAUUUUCUAAUUUUCCAUGAUGAAAGCUUUGCAGAAACAUUUCAUGCAUAUUUAUGAUUAGAAGUUAGUUGAAGUUAUAGUAUCAUGAAAUCUAAGAUGACAUCAUUGGAAUUGAUGCAAUACCAUUUUGUAAGUAGAGUGCAGUGAGAAGCUGAUGAUGACAACUUUGACCUGGUGCUACAUGUAACGGCUUAUAUGCUGUCUGUGCAUGUAAAUUAUGGAAGUUACAUAUAAUGCAUAUCAGAGAAAUCUGUUGCAUGCAUAAUUGAUUAUAAAAUGCUGAUAUUGUCUAAUAAAAUUAGUAAAAUUGAAA